UGCAGGGGCAUGCAGCCCAGGGAAAUCCCUUCCUGACUGUACAGUUCUCCCACCCCAAGCAAAAGGCUGGAGCACCGCCGGUGUAACGGUAACCUGCAGGCCUUGCUGCUUGAAGCUUCCAUUUUUUUCCCCCGGGUCACUUUCUGAGCCCAACUCCAUUGCCACCAUCCUGGUGUUAAAAUUGUGUGUUUGGAAUGGCAUGCACCUGCUGCCUCAAACAACCCCUCUUUCCCCAGAGCCCCGAGAUCUCCAUUGUGGACAAUGUGCUGUAUUUCAAAGCCCAGGGUCACGGUGCCAAGGGGGACAAUAUAUAUGAAUUUCAGCUUGCAUUUCUAGAACCAGUCAAGCCUCAAUUGGUGUACAAAGUGACUCAAAGGCAAUUGAACAUCACAGUGCAGAAAAAAGAAAGCAACUGGUGGGAAAGACUCACCAAACAGGAGAAGCGCCCGUUGUUCCUAACGCCUGAUUUUGAUCGCUGGCUAGAUGAGUCGGAUGCUGAAAUGGAACUCAAAGCAAAGGAAGAAGAAAGGAUUAACAAAGUGAGAAUUGAGUCCAGAGUCCCUAAAGACCCUUUCAGACAGCUGAAGAGAGGAUAUUUGUUCAUGUAUAAUCUUGUGCAGUUUUUGGGGUUCUCCUGGAUUUUUGUGAAUAUGACAGUUCGCCUGUUUAUCUUAGGAAAAGAUUCCUUCUAUGAUACAUUUCACACCAUUGCUGACAUGAUGUAUUUCUGUCAGACGCUAGCAUUUAUGGAGAUCCUGAAUUCACUAGUAGGAAUUGUCAGGUCACCGUUUGUACCUUCAUUAGUCCAGGUACUGGGAAGAAAUUUUGUCUUGUUUAUUGUUCUUGGAAAUGUGGAGGAAAUGCAAAGCAAAGCUGUGGUGUUCUUUAUAUUUUACUGCUGGAGUAUUAUUGAGAUAUUCAGGUAUCCGUUCUACAUGCUUUCCUGCAUUGGUAUAGAAUGGAAAUUACUAACUUGGAUCCGAUACACCAUCUGGAUUCCUCUCUACCCUUUAGGAACAUUGGCAGAAGCUGUCUCUCUGAUUCAGGCCAUUCCACUCUUCAAUGAAACAGGGAAGUUUAGUUUCACGCUGCCAUAUCCGCUGAGCAUCACAAUCAGAUUUUCAUUCUUUCUUCAAAUCUACCUUAUAAUGUUAUUUUUAGGAGUGUUUGUGAACUUACGGCACCUCUACAAGCAAAGGAGGCAGCACCUUGGAUCAAAAAAGAGAAAGAUAAAGUAAAGCAGACACUGCAGUGUUUUCCUAGAUCUAACUUAUCUUAACGACAGGCGCGUCUAAUUUUUACAAUUUUACCUAUUAUAAUAAUGGAAAGGAUUUUGUACAGCUAAACGAUCAUGUUAGAUUUCAUAUUGAUUCUUCAGAUAGCAUUCCCAUACACUCUUCCGUCAUAUAUGCAUGAUACUUAAUGUUGAGCAAUGGCAAUAUUUAAAUGUUUCCAAUUAGUUACCAUGUUAUACAAAGAAAUCCUAUUAUCUGUGUAUAAUGUGCUUACCAAGAAACUGAACAGCAUUGAUUGGGAGUAGAAUGGUUAUUUUUAAUUGGGUAUUGGGUCUCUUUCAGAUAUUAUUGAAUGCAGAUAGGGUUUGUGAUGCUGGGGUAUAUUUCAGACCAUCUACUUCCUGCUAUAUGAAACUGACUAGGAAGGGCCUGAGGAGCAGAGACCAAGGGCAGCAUGGAGAGUGAAUUUAUUAAUGGUCAGUGCUCGGUCUGCUUUUUCUCAGCAGGCUUUUGCUGAUAAAUGUAAGCCUGAGAGCAACUAGUAUCAGCAUUGGUCACUACCAGCUUGUUUUUAAUGCGUGAAUGAUAGGAAGGCUUAAUCUCCACACCCCUCCAUGGAAUAGAAAUACGUUGUGGUAUUCAGUGUCCCCUGUCUGGCUGCAUAUGUCCUACUGACUCCUUCAGAUUUCCCUCACCAGUUGACAUAGCUGCUAUUUUUACACUAACUACCCUUCCAGAUGGUGAGAAUUUAAACGCCCACCCUUAACCACUGGAAAACCAGGAAAUGUAGGGUUGAGGUUCCC